AGCUCCUCCUCUCAGCCUGAUCACCUGGACACCUCCUCCUCCUUGACUGCCUGGACUGGAUCUACAGGGAGUUAUUCAGCCCUGCCUGCUAGCUACCAUGUUGUCUCUACUGCUGCUCUGUCUGGCCCUGGCCCCGGCCCCGACCCUGGCACAAGACCCGACCCCGGCCCUGGUCCUGGCCCCGGCACAGGACCUCUGCAAGCCUGAAACUUCAAACGCAUACAAAGUGAGAAUCAGUGUGAAGACUGCCCUGGGAGAUCAAGCUUACGAAUGGAACGAAAGCGAGACGUUCCUGUUCCGAGCCACCAUCGCGUUCGCUAUGAGGCAGCACUUCGACACAGAGACCUACAAUGUCUCCAGCGUCCUGGUGUGUAACGAGACCCGCAGGGUGUCCUUCUGGUUCGUGGUGACGUCCCCUGAGGAUCAGUCUGUGCUGGUGGACAAGGACCAGGUGGAGAGGGCUAUCAGGAAGUACAGGCAUCGCAUCAACAACGUCUUCCUGCUGACUGACAGGACCCUGGAGUUCCUGGGCAUCCCCCCGACCUUUGCCACGCCGGUGAACCCCGACACGCCAGCCUGGCUCAUUGUGUUCGGGGUGGUAAUCGGGUUGGUGUGUGCUGGCAUCGUGGCCCUGUUAGUCUCUUCUGUCCUCCAGAGGAAACGAAAGAAGAGUGGAACGGCAGGUGAGGAGGAGGAGGGGAAGCCGGUGAAAGUGGAGAACGGAAUUGCUUGUGAGAACCUGGAAGGCGUUCAUAACGGAGCGUUCACGGACGAUGACCGCUUCACGAAGAUGUAACGGCUGUCGAGCGAGUACAGAGCGUGAGACAGCUCCAAAGAGACUUUAGACUGUUUGCCUAAAAGAAAAAAAAACGUACUCCAAGUAUGAUUCUGAAGGAUGUAUUUUUAGAAUGUAUAAUCAGCGGGGACUAUAAUUUGACAAAUAAUCCUCAUCACAUUUUAGAAUAAGACAAGAUGCAAGGUAUGCCAGUUUUUCAAGUUUUAUCCCAGCAUGUAGCCUAAGCAAGACUGGCAACCGAAUCAAACAUGAAGUCCCUUCGGUUUCUAUGGGCCUGAUUCUCUGUUUUAGCUUGUGAUCACAUUGUACAGUAUUUUCCACUGCUGUGUUUGCGUAAUGUUGUGUACUGUAUUUAAAUCCAUUUAUCCAGCC